GGGUUGUGGCCUUUAUGCGAAUAAAAAUUAUUAAUAAAAUUGUAUCUGUGCGAACAAGUCGAGUGUUUUCAGUGCUAAAUGAUUCGAAAUAAAUAUAAAAGUUAGUAAAAAUGGAAAAACAGGAUCGUAAGGAUGAUGAAGACAAUUUUAAAAAUAAGUUGCACGUAGAACACGACGAAUUGUUAGCAAAAAAGGAGAAUUUUGAUGAAAAAGAUGAGUUUGAAAAACGUUUUAAAGAUAUGCCUUUGACAGAUGAUACCACGUGUGGUUUUGGGGUCUUCAAAGGCGCUUUUCUACAAAAAUUUGCGAAUAAAAAAGCCUACAUAAUAUUUUAUGGCGUAGUUGGAUGUAUAUUUUCAGCUACUUAUGCUUAUUUCAAUGGAACAUUGACGACACUUGAAAAACGUUUUAAGAUUCCAAGUAAAACAUCAGGUAUAAUAUCCGUUGGCAACGACAUAAGUUCCUUAUUUGCCUCCAUGAUUGUCAGUUAUUAUGGUGGAAAAGGACAUAAACCAAGAUGGAUAGCCAUGGGUCUAUAUUCCGUGGUCCUAUUUUGCCUGAUGACAGCCCUUCCUCAUAUCAUAUAUGGACCAGGGCCAGAUGCCUUGGGAUUAACUUUAGAACAUGGUGCUGUCUACGAUCAAAAUGCAACAUCUGAAGUUUUGAAUAAACAGAGAAGGAAGAAUCUAUGCCAUUUAGAUGGAAGUGGUACCGAAUGCGAAAUAGAAGAAGGAAGCUUAGCUCCUCAAAUUUUACUUUUUGUCGCCCAAUUAAUUGCUGGUGUUGGUGGAUCUUUGUACUAUACCUUAGGAAUUGCAUACAUGGAUGACAAUGUGAAAAAAUCGAAAACUCCAGCUUUAAUAAGCUUUUCUAUCUUCCUAAGAACCCUUGGUCCAGCAGCAGGGUACGCUUUGUCAAGUCUCUGCUUAAAAUAUUACAUUUCUCCAACAUUGACUCCAAUAAUAGACAAUACUGAUAUGCGUUGGUUGGGAGCAUGGUGGAUCGGGUGGAUAAUAUUAGGAGGUCUUCUAUUCAUUUUUGCAACAAUCAUCGGAAUGUUCCCAAAAACUUUACCACGGGCUGCUUUGAGAAAAACAAUUGCAGCUGAGAAAAAGAAUCUCACUGAGGAAAACAAAUCUGGCAUUGAACCUCCUGCAUCACUAAAAGAUUUGCUGGCUGCCAUUAAGCGAUUGCUGUACAAUAAAGUAUUGAUGUUAAAUAAUUUAGCGUCUGUGUUUUAUAUAUUUGGAUACAUGGCUUAUUGGAUUUUUUUGCCUAAGUAUAUAGAAACACAAUAUAGGCAAAGUGCGUCCAAGGCUAGUCUUGUAACAGGAACUGUAGGUCUUGUUUUCUCCGCAAUCGGUAUUUUAUUGUCAGGAGCUGUUAUAUCGAAAUAUAAACCCAGUGCGAGAACAUUAGGUGCUUGGAAUGCGUUUAUAGGCUUUUUAUCGGUAGUAUGGAUGGUACUUUUUGUAUUUCUUGGAUGUCCCGCAAACGACAACAAUAUUGUAAUCAACUCUACCUCCACUAAUAAUUCAGUCUCAACUUGUAAUUCGAAUUGCAAAUGCGACUUCGUUCCGUAUUCCCCGGUUUGUUCUGCAGAUGGAGCAACUACUUUCAUCUCGGCUUGUCACGCCGGUUGCAGCGAUCAUUUCGAAGAAAAUAACAAAAAAAUCUUCACAAACUGCAGUUGCAUUGAUGCGGCGAAAUUUGAUAAAGGCUCAAUAUUCUUUGAGAAAAUUCCUAGCGAAGUGAUCAAACAAAAUAUCGGUAACGAAUCUGGAUUUGCAAUUCCAGGAAGUUGUCCGGUGGAUUGCUCAAAGCAAUUUUACAUUUUCCUUGCCGUCGUUUGUUUAAUGAAGUUUUGUGGAGCUACUGGUAGAGCUAGCAACUUUUUAUUAUCCGUCAGGUGUGUUAAGGAAAAAGAUAAACCUGUGUCGAUGGGUUUUGGACUGAUGAUAAUGUCCUUGUUUGCAUUUGUACCGUCACCAAUAUUUUUUGGAGCAAUUCUAGAUCAAACAUGCAUAGUUUGGGGAAAAACAUGUUCCGGAACUGGAAACUGUUGGCUAUAUGACGUUGAAUCUUUGCGUUACAUCAUGAAUUUAACGGCAGCUUCUUUUGUCACAAUUGGAGUAUUAUUUGAUGUCGGAGUUUGGUAUUUCGUCAAAAAUUUAAAAAUUUACGAUGAACCUGAAGAUGACGACCAAGAAAUGAAUUCUUUGAAGACGCAAAAGGCGGAUGGAGCUGCUGCCAACUUAUUCCAAUCGAAUCUCUCUAUACAAAGUCAUAUAAAGAAUAGUACUUGAGGAAUUUAAAAUUAAUUUAAGUUGUAAUAUAAAAAAUGCAAACUGUAUUAAAAUUAUAAUAAAUUAAAUAAGUAGAA